GUGUCGUAAGAAAGACGAAGGUCAGUCGAAGUCGCGUUGAAGACAACUCCACAGCUAGGCCAUGAGGUCCUAGGAGCGAUUCCGUCUGGUUGACUUUAGUUUUCAGUCAACUGUCGUCGGAAGCGCUCGCGAGUGUUUGCGGUUGUUUUUCCAACGUUUUUCUGCACAUAUAAACACUAGGAAAGGAAUCCUGGGGGCAGUUAUUAUGAAAGAGAGGUGCGAGCGUCGCGAUUCGUCCAGUUGUACUUAAGUGCCACAAGUUUUGACGUGAUAAAAAUGUUUCGUCUACUACUUCCCGUAUUGUUAGCCUCCACACGUGGGAUGGUGAUGGACAAUCUGAAAGUAGCGUACCAAUGGAAAAUGCUGGACUACGUAUACCCUACAGAGACAGAGCGACAGGAGGCGCUGCAGUCGAGGAGGUUUUUCCCCGAACACAACAUUCCCACGGGAUUGGAGGUGUUCGAAGACAGGCUGUUCGUGGCCAUACCAAGACUGAGACGAGGAGUAGCAGCCUCGUUAGCGUAUCUAAAUAUAUCAGAAGCUCCUUCGAACUCCCCAAAAUUGUACCCAUACCCGAGCUGGGAGGCCCACAAGAUACGCAUCAACGACCCCCCGGAAAUAGUGUCCACCUUCAAGAUCCGCGCCGACCUCUGCGGCCGCUUGUGGGUCUUGGACUCGGGCUUCAUCGACGUAUUGGAACCCACCAUCAAACAGCUGGUCAAACCCCGACUACUCAUCUACGACCUGAGAUCGGACCAGCUCAUACGCUCCUACACCAUCCCCGACAGUCAGAUGUACAAGAACGAGAGCGGCUUCGUCAACAUCGCCGUCGAGGACGAGGAUUGCCAGAACACCUUCGCCUACCUAGCCGACGUGUUCGGACCGGGCUUGGUGGUUUACUCCUACAAAGAACAAAGAUCUUGGUUGGUGAAACACCACUACUUCAACAUCAACCCCGUGGCGGGGAAAAUGACGGUCGGAGGUGUGGAGUUCAUGGGGGAUGAAGGACUCUUUGGCUUGGCCUUGUCUGGAGCGGAUCCGGAAGGCUACAGCACGUUGUUUUUCCACCCCAUAACGAGCUUUGAUGAGUUCGCAGUCAGCACCAAGGUGCUGCGCGAUGAAGAUUUUGCCACCAACUCGACAGCGAACUUCCACCAGUUCAGAAGGCUGGGCACCAGAGGGGAGAAGGGACAGAGCGGUGCUUCUUACGUGGACAAGAAGUCCAACGUUAUUUUCUUCGCUUCGAUUCAUCUAAACGCUGUUAUUUGUUGGAGGAUCACCAACACCAACUACACCACGGCUUCUCAUAGUAGGGUGUUUUGGAACAACGAGACGAUGGUGUACCCCAGCGACAUCAAAGUUGACGCCGACAAUACCUUGUGGGUGCUAUCGAACAAGCUACCCGUCUUCUUGCAUGCCGGUUUGGACUACAACGAAUAUAAUUUCAGGAUUCUCAAUGGGAAGGUGGCGGAAGCUAUCAAAUACACCGCCUGCGAUUCCAAGAUGGUGGUCAACAAGACCAUUGUGGAGAAAAUCAAGGGAGUGUUGAAAAAGGACAAAUCGGAACCUAGUUCUUCAUCUAGUGAUUACAUUCGCGGGAUAGCUCUGCCUCUUCUGGUUGCACUCGCCUUCGUUGCGAUGUCUAGGUAGAUACUUAAUGGUACUCGCGAUUUUAUUUGUAAAUAAUUUAAAUUAAUAUUUGAUCGUAUCGAGCAUAAAAAUAUGUACAUAGACAAAUUAAUAUAUACUACUGCGAGAACGAGUUUGAGUGGAGCAAUCGAUUUCAAUGGAAGGAGUCGUUUCUGUUAAGGAUGAUAUGUUGUAUUGGGAUGAGAGAAUUAUAUUUACCGCAAAAAAGACGAACGAAUGCGAUAUACUUGCGUUGAAAUAAAAAAGAAAUAUUUUCUCCUUUCAUCUCUAGAGAAAUUUCUUUUAUUAAUAGUCUAACCUUAAAAUUUCGUGAUAGUAUGUAGAUUUAUUGCGAUACUGUUGAAUCCUGCGAUCAACAGAAUUGUUACGAAUGUGUAGGGUGUUGCCUAAUCUAGAGAGGUGCAUUAUAAUUCUUGUAUUUAUAAAUACACUAUGAGAAUGUAGAUAUACGGAUACAACCAAUAGAACAGUAUUAAUUUAUUUCCUUAGUGUCUAAUAUAAAUUGUGUCAUACUAAUCUAUUUAUCAAUUUUAUAAAUAUUUUGAUUAUAUAUAAACAUCUAAAAUGAUUUGUUUAUUUGCUGUGUAAAGUCGUUAUGUAAAAUAUUUCUAUUUAAUCAAUAAAUUUAA